AUGUCGACGGAGCCCGCGGGCAGAGAAAGCGGAAGAGGCAGAGGUGGUGGUCAAGGCCAAAGUCAUGGUCGUGGCUCGAGACACGCCUCCCAACCCCGUACUGUUCUAGUCUCCAAAGCCAUGUCGCGGCUUCUCCGCCACGCCGCCGUAGAAGAACGCAUCCCGAUCGACAAGCAUGGGUAUGUGCGGAUGGACCAUCUGCUGGGAUGGCAGAGGCUACGGAGCAUGAAGCCUCCCGUGACGUUUGGAGAGGUCGUCGAGGCCGUCCGAGACAACGAGAAGAAACGCUUUGCUUUGAAAUAUAUUGGAGAAGGAGAAGAAGGAGGGAAUGACCCCGGACCUAUCCCGGUACGGACAGGGACACUGUCAGAGACACAGACUGCACGUACUGAAGCAGGCGUCACUAAAUCGGCGGCGACAGACCAAACAAUCGAAAUAGCAACAGAGGCACAGGACCAGAGCCAGAGCCAGGAACCGGAACAGGCAAAAACAGACUCAGAAACCCAACGAGCAAUUUCCAUGUUCCAGUCCAACCAGGACGCCGACGACCUGGACCCCCGCCACUUCCUGAUUCGCGCCACGCAAGGCCACAGCAUGCAGACCAUCGAAGCCGAAAGCCUGCUGACGCCCAUCACGCUCGACGACCCGGCGACGAUUCCCGAAACGGUCGUCCACGGCACCUUCUACGGCGCGUGGGACCGGAUCGUCCAGAGCGGCGGCCUGAAGCGCAUGAAGCGAAACCACGUCCAUUUCGCCACCGGUCCGGCGCUGGACGACGUCCUGCCGUCGCCACCCUCAAACAACGGUUCUGGAGAAGAGUCGACGGGAUCCCAUGUCGGCGGCGGCACCUCUGCCGUCCUGCUCGGUAAGGACAAAGUCAUCAGCGGCAUGCGCGGUGAUGCCCAGAUCUUGAUCUACGUCGACAUCCGCAGGGCGUUGGCCGAGAGGCCGGACAUGAAGUGGUGGAGGAGUGAGAAUGGGGUCAUUCUCACGGAAGGGGUCUCAGAGGCGUCACCAACUACAACGCAGUCACUACCGGCGUCGGAGAAUGGCGCUGGAGAGGGACAAGGCAUACCUCCUGACGAUGGAGCACGGCAGUCGGACGAAAUGAAGAAGGGCAGCAAACCGCCCGAGCAGGAGAAAUUGGUCCCCAUGGAGUACUGGCUUGCGGCUGUCGAAGUCAAGGAAGGCCUCGGUCUGCUGUGGAAACAUGGAGAGGGCACUGUGCGUGAAUUACCGGAACACCUGCGCAGUCGAGCUCUGCCGAUGGGCAAAAGAGGACAUGGACCUGGACGGGGUCGAGGUUGGGGCAGAGGUCAGGGAAGAGGCUGA